UCAUGGCGGCGUCCUGUGCUGAAGUUGAUGUGAAGGAACGGGAUGCUUGGGUUUUUAACAGCGCGACAAAUCGGUUUGGACGACCCCCUGCACCUCCGGCGAGCAGAGUCCACACGGAGGGUUUUGGGACUGGAGUUAAACAAGGACCGAGAUGUUGAAAGGAUCCAUGACAGUGGAGUUAAUACCCUUGACAUUGAACGUGUUGAUGGAAGAUAUAUGUUGUCAGGUGGCUCCGAUGGUGUCAUUGUGCUUUACGACCUGGAAAACUACAGCAAACAGCCGUACUACACAUGUAAAGCUUUGUGUUCCGUUGGCAGGAGCCAUCCCGAUGUCCACAAGUACAGCGUUGAGACUGUGCAGUGGUACCCUCAUGACACCGGCAUGUUCACGUCAAGCUCAUUUGACAAAACUUUGAAAAUAUGGGAUACAAAUACAUUACAAACUGCGGAUGUAUUUACUUUCGAGGAAACAGUUUACAGUCAUCAUAUGUCCCCAGUUGCCACCAAGCACUGUUUGGUAGCAGUUGGUACAAGAGGGCCCAAAGUACAACUUUGUGACUUGAAGUCUGGAUCCUGUUCCCACAUUCUGCAGGGUCACAGGCAAGAAAUAUUGGCUGUUUCCUGGUCACCACGUCAUGAAUAUAUCUUGGCAACUGCCAGUGCUGACAGCAGAGUAAAAUUAUGGGAUGUGAGGAGAGCCUCAGCAUGUUUGAUUACGCUUGAUCAACACAAUGGGAAAAAGUCACAAGCUGUUGAAUCAGCCAACACUGCUCAUAAUGGGAAAGUGAAUGGCUUAUGUUUUACAAAUGAUGGCCUGCACCUCCUCACUGUUGGCACAGACAAUCGCAUGAGGCUCUGGAACAGCUCCAGUGGAGAAAACACACUAGUGAACUAUGGGAAAGUUUGUAAUCACAGUAGAAAAGGACUGAAAUUCACCGUCUCCUGUGGCUGCAGUUCAGAAUUUGUUUUUGUACCAUAUGGUAGCACCAUUGCUGUUUACACAAUUUACUCAGGAGAGCAGCUAACUAUGCUUAAGGGACAUUAUAAAAGUGUUGACUGCUGUGUCUUUCAGCCUAAUUUCCAGGAACUUUAUAGUGGUAGCAGAGAUUGCAAUAUUCUUGCUUGGGUGCCAGCCGUAUAUGGACCAGUUCCUGACGAUGAUGAGAGUACAACCAAGUCCAAGUCCAAUCCGGCAUUUGAAGAUGCCUGGAGUAGCAGUGACGAGGAAGGGUGACUAGCGAUCAUUAGGACUUUGUGUAUUCGUUGGUGAAGCGUUCCACAUGUUGACUGUUAAAUUGUUUUUAACUUUCCAAUGUAUUUCUACAGCUAAAUUAACCGAAAAUUUGGGUGAUUUAUUCCCAUGUCGUAAAAGAGGUCAAAUGUGCAUGAAAAAACCCUAAAACAGACUUUUGUGUAGGCUGUUUCAUCAGUGUCUCUUUGAUCUCAGUUACUGUUGUCUGGGACAGCCCUGUGGCUCCACUACAAGGUGGCCUGUCACAGUGCCCAUGUGGGACCUUGAGCAGAUUAGAUGCAGUCUCAAGGUCAGCACUUGGAGGUUAUAACAUGGACUUUCUCCUACUCACUGUACCAUCUCCUGCUCAUUUUCACCUUUGAGGAUAAUUCUACCAAGUAUGAGUACAUCAAAAGUAAUCAUUGGAAAGAUGGCAUCAAACUUAUUUUAUUCUUUGUUAUCCAUUUAUUCAUUCUUUGCAGUGACUGAUUUAGUCGACAUUUUUUAGCUUUAUUCUAAAUGGUUUUUAAUUCACUGUCUCCCACAGCCUAAAAACCUGUACCUCUAGAGAUUUUUGUCUUAGGAAAAAUACCGUAUUUAUUGUAUUAUAAUGUGAAUAUUAUGUUUCACAAGGCAGCUUAUACUUGUAUUUUAACUGUUCCCUUUAUGUGGACUUCAUUAAAAUGUAACCAAGUCCUCCUUCAUUUAUCAAAACAGAUAAUCACAUUUGUGACAUGUGAUGUCACAAAAUUUCUAUUUUGCUAUCAACUCUUCCAUGUCAUAACUCACAAGUGAAUGUCAUGAAGCUAAUCAUAUAUUGCCUUUCUUUGUAAGCUAAGGACUAUUAAAAGAUUUCUGUGACUAUAAA